GUCACUUCCGGGGGUUCUCCACGGCGGCGAGCCACGAUUGGGCGGCCGCCGAGGGGGCAUUUCCGGUGUCCAGGUGCUGGGUUCUCUGGCAGGAAGGGGAAGAUGGAGCCCGGCUCUGCGGUCCGUGCCUGGCCCCCCUUACGGCUGCUGCUGCUCUUGCUUGGCUCGGUCAGCGCCAGCGGUCCCCGCACCUUGGUGUUGUUGGACAACCUCAACCUGCGCGAGACGCACUCGCUUUUCUUCCGGAGCCUGAAAGAUCGGAGCUUUGAACUCACUUUCAAGACGGCGGAUGACCCCAGCCUGUCUCUCAUUAAGUACGGGGAGUUCCUCUAUGACAAUCUCAUCAUCUUCUCUCCGUCGGUAGAAGAUUUCGGAGGCAACAUCAAUGUGGAGACCAUCAGUGCCUUUAUUGACGGUGGAGGCAACGUCCUGGUGGCCGCCAGCUCGGACAUUGGUGACCCUCUUCGAGAGCUGGGCAGUGAGUGUGGGAUCGAGUUUGACGAGGAGAAAACCGCUGUCAUUGACCAUCACAACUACGACAUCUCUGACCUUGGCCAGCAUACGCUCAUCGUGGCCGACACCGAGAACCUGCUGAAGGCCCCCACCAUUGUUGGGAAGUCGUCUCUGAGUCCCAUCCUCUUUCGAGGUGUUGGGAUGGUGGCUGAUCCUGACAAUCCUUUGGUGUUGGACAUCUUGACAGGCUCUUCUACCUCGUACUCCUUCUUCCCAGAUAAACCCAUCACCCAGUAUCCCCAUGCAGUGGGGAAGAACACCCUCCUAAUUGCUGGGCUCCAAGCCAGGAACAACGCCCGCGUCAUCUUCAGUGGUUCCCUCGACUUCUUCAGCGAUGCCUUCUUCAACUCAGCAGUGCAGAAGGCCACGCCCGGCUCCCAGAGGUACUCCCAGACGGGCAACUAUGAGCUAGCUGUGGCCCUCUCCCGCUGGGUGUUCAAGGAGGAAGGUGUCCUCCGUGUGGGGCCGGUGUCCCAUCACCGCGUGGGUGAGACAGCCCCGCCCAAUGCCUACACCAUCACUGACCUGGUGGAGUACAGCAUCGUGAUUGAGCAGCUCUCCAACGGCAGGUGGGUCCCCUUUGAUGGUGAUGACAUUCAGCUGGAGUUUGUGCGCAUCGAUCCUUUCGUGAGGACCUUCUUGAAGAAGAAAGGUGGCAGAUACAGCGUCCAGUUCAAGUUGCCCGACGUGUAUGGUGUGUUCCAGUUCAAGGUGGAUUACAACCGUCUGGGCUACACACACCUGUACUCUUCCACCCAGGUGUCUGUGCGGCCGCUCCAGCACACGCAGUACGAGCGCUUUAUCCCCUCGGCCUACCCCUACUACGCCAGUGCCUUCUCCAUGAUGGCGGGGCUCUUCAUCUUCAGCAUCGUCUUCUUACACAUGAAGGAGAAGGAGAAGUCUGACUGAGGGGCCCGAGCCCUGGGACUCGUACAGCACGGAGGCGAGGUUUUAUUAGGGUGGUUUGGUUUUGUUUUUAGCCCGUGGGAAAUUGGCACAGCCUUACCUCAGUGGGACAUGCGGCAUUGAGUACCAAGGAGUGGGGGUGGGGGGUAAUUUUUAUGUAUGUUUUUCCCCCUUGAAUUGCUAAGCGGCGUUUUUCACAUGUGCAGCCAUUCUCAUUUCUAAAAUAAAGAGAAAUGUCCCUCUCCAACUUCA